ACAACUAUAGAGUACAAGUCAAGACGUAUUCGAUAAUUUCCAAAAACACAAAAUGGCAGAAAAUGGUGAUUUAAAUUGUGAAACAAGUUACAAUAAUAUAACAAAACGAGGCAGUAAAGAAUGGGUGAAAUUAAAUGUUGGUGGUACAUGUUUUCUUACAACAAAAACAACACUGGCUAAAGAUCCAAAUUCAUUUUUAAAUAGAUUAGUGCAAGAAGACAGUGAUCUAAUUUCAGAUAGAGAUGAAACGGGCGCAUACCUAAUUGACAGAGAUCCAGCAUAUUUUUCGGCAGUAUUAAAUUUUUUACGACAUGGUAAAUUGGUCCUGGAUCGUGGUUUAGCAGCUGAAGGUGUAUUAGAAGAAGCAGAAUUUUAUAAUGUAGCUGAAUUAGUACGACUUUUACAACAGAGAUUAGCAGCUCAAGUGAGUAACUCAGUACCCGGUCAACGAAAACACGUGUAUCGAGUUCUACAAUGUCAUGAAGAUGAAUUAACACAAAUGGUCUCGACCAUGUCCGAUGGUUGGAAGUUUGAACAACUUGUAAAUAUUGGUUCACAAUAUACGUACGGCUCCGAAGAGCAUGCUGAAUUCUUGUGUGUUGUUAGUAGAGAGUAUGAUGCAACACAGGGUAGUUGUCCAGAACCUAGUGAUCGUGCAAAGGUGCUUCAACAAAAAGGUUCUAGAAUGUAAACAAUCAAAACAAUAUAACAUUUAUAAAUAUUAUCGAAGAUAAUAAAUGAGAACUCUAGGAUAUUUCGAAAUAAAUUUCGAUUUUUGCCCCCAUUUCCUAGAUCAGUUUUUUGUAUUUUAUAAAUACG